CGUUGGGUCUCCCACCAAGAUCUUCUCCUGGUUUUUCUAUUCGCAAAUUUUCGAUUUUUUUCUCAAGUGUAGGCAAAAUGUCCUCUUCCAGAAAAAGGGCUCGAGCGAUUUCUUCCGUCGCUGCGUCUGCAUUCUUUCUCCUCAUCAUCCUUCAGGUCCCUCUUUUCAGGGUUCCAUGUAGGAUUGGAAUGUGCACAACACCAAUGCAGGUGACAGCCUCUCAGUUGUUUGCGAGUGAACUCUUCCCUCAGUCUGUAGUUAAAGCUCUUCUUUAUCCGGGAGCUGUUGCCAAUGCUUUUAUGAGGGGCAAGACCAUACCAACCUAUGAUGACUUGCUAGACACCUACAAUUUCGCCAAUUCUAAGGCGGUUUCAUCAGCUAUAGAUCUUCGACGCAUUGAGGUCCUCGCGGGGAGCUACUUAAUGGUGGCAGGAGCUCUUCUAAGUCUCAUGAAGCCGGUAAGAAUGAGCUUUUUUGGUGCACUUUUAGUCAUUUGGGGCCUGGCAAGGGAAGUCAUGCUCGUGAAGACUGCAUACUCCAAUCCAACAAAAUCCAUUAGUAUGUACCCAACAUUGUUCUUUGCAGCAGUUUCUGCUUUUGCCUCAAUGCGGAAGGAUGUGAGAAAGAUCGUACGUAUGUGCAGAACUGGGGAGGUUGAAAUGUAUAGACUGAAACAUGAGAAAGCAAAGCACAAAUGAAAGAUAGUCAUAUUCAUCUGUAUAUGACAUCUAGUAUGAUUCUUUGCCAAAUACAAAAACUGGAAUGAUUAACUGGGAAAUCAUAUUUUUUUUGUUGGGCAAACCAGCCUUGUGUAAAGCAACUCUAGAAAAAAUAUGACAGGCUUAGUAGCUGCAUCAAGCAUUUCUUCAAGUGGUUGCCCUUUAAUUUUUUAUCUUUUUGAUUCUAUUAGUUUCCAACUUCUGCCGCAGGUUUUGUCAUACUCAACACCUUCAACUUCCAUUCUAUGCUAUUAGGAACUGCAAUUACAGUCUAUCAAGCUUUGUGCUCCAAUCCUGUUCAAUCUGGUUGACUAGAAUAACAUCAACCAUACAGAUUUUUUAAGGCUAUCUUUAUUAGAGUGCAUCCACUGGCCAUAAGUAAAUGUCAGAGAAUGCAGGAACAAAAA